GGUUUUCUCUAUCAAUUUCGCCUAUAAAACGUCCCAGUCUUCGUCUGAGUUUAUUAAAAAAAAAACAUAAAACCAUGAGAAACCUCGUAAAUUUCGCUGUUCUUUUCAUGGCCAUCUUCAUAGUUUCAGCCUCAGGUGCGAGAGAGACGAGAAUGAUGGAACAAACUUGCCCCGUUUUCUGGCCAAUGGUUCCAUGCGAUGCUAAAAAAUGCGACCAAAUGUGUCGCGAUUAUUACGGUCCUGUUCCCUCUUACUGUAAUAGAAUCGGAGCUCCAAACGCUGAAUGUGCAUGUAGUCUUACACCAUGUUAAUGACGCAAAGGCUUUCUCAAGGAUAUAUUAAGCGCUUAGUCAUUCUAUCUUUGUGUAUCUAUAUGUAGUCAAAAAUAAGCAAUGCAACAACCGUUACAUAGGAAGAAAAGCAAUGCGUUAUAAGGUGACGCAAUUAUGAAUGCUUCUUGGAUUCUUUAUUCAAAUUCUUGGAAAAGAAUCAUGGAAGCUAGCGUUGUUUUUAUAUUUUAUUAUACUGUUGUGUUUCUAAAGAGUGUGUGACUACUGAAUGAUCAAUCCAAUAUUUAAAAA